AAAGGAAACACCAAAGCCUAAGAAGCUGUAGCCUGCAAAAGUCUACAACAUCCAAAAACAAAUGGCCUCUCUCUUUCUCUGUCCCUCUUGAAUUGAGCCCACAAAGCUUGAGACUUUGUCAAUUGUCAUUUAUCUCUUUCUCCAUGUCUUCGUGAAAAUUUAUUAAUUUUAGCAAUAUUAAAAGUCUUAUUGUUCGAAAAGAAACAAGGGAUGAAGAAGCUUACGCCCUUGCUUCUUUUCCUUGUUUCACUUGUCUCUAUUCCUGAAACCAUUAUUGUUUUUGCCGUGCAAGACCCUCUUGCUGCCUCCGUAUCCCCUGUUUCAUCACCCAUUUCUAGUCCUAACUCUGCUUCAAUGACUGCUUUCUCUCCAGGAAUUCAACUGGGAAGUGAGGAGCAGAAAAAAAUGAAUCCACCCAAGAAAAUGUUAAUAGCUAUCAUUCUUGCUUGCUCUUCCUUGGGUGCAAUUAUCUCUUCCUUGUUUUGUUUACGGAUUUAUUACAGGAAGAAUUCACUCAAGUCCACCAAAAAUGAUGCUAAGAGCUCAGAUGCUGAAAAAGGGGCUGGUUUGGCACCAUUUUUGGGUAAAUUCAAGUCUAUGAGGACGGUUUCCAAGGAGGGUUCUGCUUCGUUUAUGGAUUAUAAGAUACUUGAAAAAGCUACAAACAAGUUUCAUCAAGGUAAUAUUUUGGGUGAGGGUGGAUUUGGAUGUGUUUACAAGGCUAAAUUCGAUGAUGGUUCUUAUGCUGCCGUUAAGAAAUUGGACUGUGCAAACCAGGAUACGGAAAAAGAAUUUGAGAAUGAAGUGGAUUUGCUAUGUAAAUUUAAGCACUCGAAUAUAAUUUCACUGUUGGGUUUUAGUAGCGACAAUGACACAUGGUUUAUUGUGUAUGAAUUGAUGCAAAAUGGUUCUUUGGAAACUCAACUACAUGGACCUUCUCUUGGAUCGUCAUUAACUUGGCAUAGGCGGAUGAAAAUUGCUUUGGAUACAGCAAGAGGAUUAGAAUAUCUGCAUGAGCACUGCAGUCCACAAGUCAUCCAUAGAGAUCUGAAAUCAUCUAAUAUACUUUUGGAUUCCGACUUCAAUGCAAAGCUUUCAGAUUUUGGUCUUUCUGUGACUAAUGCAGCCCAAAGCAACAAUAAUUUGAAGCUUUCGGGUACUUUGGGUUAUGUAGCUCCUGAAUAUCUAUUAGAUGGUAGGUUAACAGAUAAGACUGAUGUCUAUGCGUUUGGUGUUGUGCUGCUGGAACUUCUAUUGGGAAGAAAGCCUGUAGAAAAACUGGCAACAGCUCAGUGCCAAUCUAUUGUCACAUGGGCCAUGCCACAGCUUACUGACAGAUCUAAACUCCUAGACAUUGUGGAUCCUGUGAUAAGAAAUACCAUGGAUCUGAAGCACUUAUACCAGGUUGCUGCUGUUGCUGUGCUAUGUGUGCAACCCGAACCAAGUUAUCGUCCAUUGAUAACUGAUGUUCUCCACUCGCUUAUCCCUCUUGUUCCCAUGGAGCUUGGAGGCACUCUAAGAGUAGCACAACCUGCAGUGCCGGCAUGACUCCAAAUCAAGAUAAUAUUUACGAUGCUGCUAUGUGAUUGUGGGUUUUGCAUCAAUUAAAUCGUAGAUACUCGUCAAUUCUGUUACAGGAAAAGUAGUUGUUCCAUCCAUUGACUUUAAAAAAUGUACAGAAAUGUUCUGUUUAUAUCACAAGGGAUUCUCUAUAUUUGAGGAGAGAAUCAUACGGUAACAGAUAUGCUGUCAUAAUCGUAUCUUAAUUUCAGAUAUUACU